AUGCAACAGGUGAUAAGUUAUCCCGUGCGACAAUCAGACAUCCUCGACGGCCAAGCGAUUGCAAAACAACUCUAUGGCGUUACACCUGGAACUAAGGGAAAUUGGGAAACCGCUUUUGGGAAGGGUCUUUGGUCCCAAAACAACUUCGAUGUUUUGCCUGUAUGCUCAUCCGGAAAUUGCACAUGGAACGAAUUUUCAUCAAUCGGUAUUUGCAACAAAUGCUUUGAUAUGACCUCUUCGGCUCAGUUGAAAUGCAAUCUGGAAAAUGUGACAAGAUGA